UCACGUCUCAAGUCUGAACUUGUCUGAAAGUUAACGCGGCUGAGCGAGUGUUGAGAAAUAUAGCAGUAAUGCGCUGAGGACGGGGCUGCGCUUUAAAGCUGCUGUCACAUACAGUCGGCUGUCGGUGAAUUAGCGAAGUUCUUGUUGUGAUGUGACUGGACCCGCCGACAAGGACUAUGAGCGGCAACGACAUCUUCGAGAUGGACUCCAUGACUGAGACGGAGGAGAUGGAGGGUGAUAAUGAACUUGGCAUCAUAAACGAGGAAGUUGUUUACCCUGAGGAGUUCUUACCAACAUAUCAAAGUAUUAAAGAAGGAGCAACAGUAGCCAAAGCACAUCUGGCAGAGUUCAAUGACAAACCGGACUCCUUGUUCUUCAAUGACGGCGUGAGGAGGAUCGACUAUAUCUUGGUGUAUGAGGAUGAGGAUAAGAAGGAGUUUGAGAAGAGGCACACGUUCCAGCGGCGCAAAAGACGGCGAGAGUAUUUUGAGGCCAGCCUGAUGAAGAUGGGAAUGGAGCUGGAGGCAACACAAUCUGUAAUCGAUGACAAACUGCUGUUCGUGAAAGUCCACAUGCCGUGGGACGUGCUGUGCACCUACGCCGAGGUCCUGCACAUCAAGCUCCCCAUCCAGCCCAACGACCUGUCCUCCCGGCCCUCCCCGUGGCGCUUCCUCUCCUUCAUCACCAAGCACUUCUACCCCAGUAAGGACCUGAUCAAGGAGACCGAGUUCUUCACCGCCCCCUUUGAGAAAGACCGUCUGGACUUCUUCUACGUCAGGGACAAAGACGCCUUCUUCACUCCAUCCAUGAGGAGCAGGAUGGCAUAUUACAUCCUGAGCCGUGCCCCGUAUGACAUACGAGGGAACAUCAAGAAGUUUGGCAUCACCAAACUGCUGGAUGGUGGAGUGUACAAAGCUGCGUAUCCGCUCCAUGACUGCAGGUUCAACGUCAAGUCCAAAGAAGAGGGCUGCCCCAAUGAGAGGUUUCUGCUCUAUCAGGAAUGGGCUCAUCCCAAAAGCUUCUACAAGAUGCAACCACUUGACCUCAUCAGGAAGUAUUAUGGAGAGAAGAUUGGCAUUUACUUUGCCUGGUUGGGUUUCUACACAGUUAUGCUCACUCUGGCUGCUGUUGUGGGCCUGGGUUGCUUCAUUUAUGGAUACAACACUCAAGAAACCAGCACCUGGAGCAAAGAGGUGUGCGACCCUGAAAUCGGAGGGAAAAUCGUGAUGUGUCCACAGUGUGACAGGGAAUGCAAGUACUGGAGGUUGAACAGCACCUGUGAGGCUUCAAAAAAACUUUGUAUAUUUGAUAACUUUGGAACCCUGGUGUUUGCAGUUUUCAUGUCAAUCUGGGUAACUUUGUUCCUGGAGUUUUGGAAGCGCUACCAGGCGGAGCUGGAGUACGAGUGGGACACUGUGGAGUUUCUGGAGCAGGAAGAGCCGCCCCGUCCAGAAUAUGAAGCCAAGUGUGUCUAUGAGAGGAAAAACCCUAUCACAGGGGUAAAAGAAAAAGUGCCUUAUACAGCCUGUGGACGAUGUGUUCGGGUGUCGUUAGGAAUUGGGACCGUCCUAUUCUGGAUUCUGUUGAUCCUGGCGUCCAUUGUGGCCAUCAUCGUCUACCGCCUGGCUGCAUUUUUUGCCUUCUCAGCUCGACUCAGAGCUCAGGACCUGAAAGAGCUGGAACCUUUAAAGGAGUAUGUGACGCCUCAGAUGGCCACGUCUGUCACAGCCUCGCUCAUCAGCUUCGUUGUAAUCAUGAUCCUCAAUAUUCUCUACGAGCGGGUCGCCAUCUGGAUCACCGACUUUGAGCUCCCGCGGACCAAGACAGACUACGAGAACAGCUUGACUCUGAAGAUGUUCCUCUUUCAGUUCGUCAACUAUUACUCCUCCUGUUUCUACAUCGCCUUCGCCAAAGGGAAAGUGGUUGGCUAUCCUGGAGAGCCUGUCUAUCUCCUGGGAAAGUACCGUAACGAGGAGUGUGAUCCUGGUGGUUGUCUGAUUGAGUUGACGACUCAGCUCUCUGUCAUCAUGGGUGGAAAAGCCAUCUGGAACAACAUCCAAGAGGUCUUGCUACCGUGGGUGAAGAAUUUCAUUUUCCGCUGCACCAGUGUGGCCUCAGAGAAGGUGAUUCCUCGCUGGGAACAGGACUACCGGCUCCAGCCUGUUUCCAAACUCGGACUCUUCUAUGAAUAUCUUGAGAUGGUCAUCCAGUUUGGCUUUGUGACCCUGUUCGUGGCUUCCUUCCCUCUGGCUCCGGUCCUGGCUCUGGUAAACAACCUGUUUGAGAUCCGGGUUGAUGCCUGGAAAAUCACCACUCAGUUUCGCCGCGUCGUGCCAGAGAAGGCGCAGGAUAUCGGAGCCUGGCAACCCAUUCUUCAAGGCAUCGCUAUCUUGGCCGUGGCAACAAAUGCCAUGAUCAUUGCUUUUACAUCAGACAUGAUUCCACGGUUGGUCUACUACUGGUCUUUCUCUGUGUACCCAUAUGGAGAUUACUCUAAUAACACCAUGGAGGGCUACAUCAACAGCUCGUUGUCUAUAUUCAACACCAGCGACUUCUCUGAAAGCAGCAGGCCAAUGGGUAAAUUUUCCAACAUCACCACCUGCAGGUAUCGAGAUUUUCGGUAUCCUCCCGGGCACGCCAGGCAGUAUCAGUACAACGUCUACUACUGGCAUGUGAUCGCUGCCAAAAUGGCUUUUAUCAUUGUCGUAGAGCACAUUGUUUACCUUACCAAGUUCAUCCUGUCCUACAUGAUCCCAGACGUGCCGUACGCCGUCAAAGAACAGAUCAAACGGGAGAAAUACCUGACCCAGGUGAUCCUCCACGAGACCAACCUCAAGCUGGUGACCAAGCGUUUGAAACCUGUCAACGACGAGACCAUGAAACACACCGAGGCGAUUCUGGCAAUGGAGGAGAUGGAGCUUGACUACUCAGAGUAGAGGAAAAUGCAGGGAAAAAGAGAUCAAAUGUUCCUUUAAAUAGCGACCAAAACCUUGUUAACUAGUGGCAGAGUUAAGGCCCAAAACAAGUUAUAGACUUUUGUUUUGAAUGAUGUGUAGCAACCAGUAAGAAAAAGAUGUCUGAAGUUUCCUGCGAGGCUGUUGGACAAAGAAAGGAGAAACCACUGUCGUCCAGUCUUCACCCCUGCCUUCUGGACUCGCUGCGUUUGGCCAGAGAGUGAAAAAGGAAAAAGAACAGUGCAUCUGUCCUCUAUCACCACUCAGUGUCUUUUCUUUCAAAUCAGUGCCUCACACUAAAUACCACCAACCAUUUGGUGGAUUAAGCAUGAAAAACAAAACAGUCCCAUCUCAGUGUUCACUCACAGGCUUUUUCUUUCAGCAGCGUCACAUGGUCUUCAUCAGCAGAGAGAAAUUUACUCAGUUAAGAUUUGUAGUGUGUAGCCGUGUCGGCCUAAGACGUGAGCUGCCGUACGGGCAUGGUUGAAAGCUGUGGAAAAAGCUAGUGUGUCGACCUUGAGUUGGGAUUUUUCCGUGUGUGUUUCUUCCAGCUUUAUGAGUACAGUAAGUUUUAGUUUGGUCAUUGGCUAUAUCAGCACUGCAGCGUCUCACUCCGUCCACUGUGCUACAUGCUGGAGGCUCAGGGCUUUCACCACACAUGCAACAAACAAGUGCCGCUGAUGGUCUUCUUUUAUUAAUAAUAACAGUAUUAUUAUAUACACAAAUUGCACCACUUUUAAAUGCAAUGUUGUUGAUUUAGACUUUUUUUUUAACUCUCUGUUCCUCUGAGAGCUGUCGUGAUGCACCAAACAGCUCAAACUGUUACACAAGUGAUGAGAUACUAGUAAUUACAAUAGACAUGGACUCGCUUAAAGCCACAUAUACUGACUAAGGCCUUGACCACCUUUAUACAGAUAUUCUUUCAAAUACAUACUUUUCCCCCUCUGUUUAAAAAAAAAAAAUCUCCAUGCACACAGGAAUGCAACAUGAUUCAAAAUGCUCAAGCAAGCAUGUCGGCCAGUAGGGGGCGAUAAAUAUAUCAUAUUAUACAAAUAAUUAUUUAUUUGUAGUUAUUUUACGCCUCUCUGGCAACAGCCUAGCAGUGCUAGCCAAAUAUAAACAAAUCAGAAGUCCACCAUUGUUGUUUCAGAUAUAUUCCCAUUUGUUUCAUAUGCACAGAAACCAGAAUCUUGAUAAAUCUGCACUUCAAAAAGGCAUUUUUUAAAUAAUCACAGUUUUGGUGAUUUUAAACAUUGUUUGUGUGUGAACGAGAGGCCCAAACGCAGAGGGAAAUUUGUGUUGCGUGGAAAUCAAUAUAUGUGUGGUCAAGGCCUUCAUGUUUCUCAAAUACCUUUACCUCUGUAAGCCUUUGAACUGGUCUAAAGUUCUAUUUCUUUCAAUAUGGCCAAUCCAGGAAGUGAAUGUAUUUGACAAUUCAAAACUGGGGCUGGUGCCAUGUAAAAGUUUAAUGGAUACAAGUUUACAAAGCACAAGAAUGAUUUGAAACUGAAUGCUCUUUCGUCAUGACAACAAAGUGUAUAGUGCAGCGUAUAUUUGUAUUUGAAUGAAUCGCAGCCCUGGAAGUGUUUUAGCUGACAAUGUGAGUAUAUUCUCUUUUUCCUUAUUCAUAUACUCACAUCUGCUGUACUGUUUUGCACUUACAGAGUUGUAGUCCUGUGCCAUGACCGUUGCACUGCAUGACAUUUUGACUGCGUGAUAUCCUGUGAUGUAGGCAAUACAGUGAUUCAGCCUUUUCUGUGUCAUUGCUGAAAUAUUGGAUCAAUACCUCAGCUGUUGCCUCACCUGAUUUAAACAGUGGUACUAUAACCACCAUGUAUGUUUAACAGUAUCAUGUACCAGCAAUAUCUCAUGAUGCGAAUUUGUCUUGUCUUAUUGUUUUAUACAAAUAAAUUGUUUUAUAUGAA